GGCACCGCAAACCUGGUGGGAAAGCGGAAGUAAGAUUGAUAUCAACAACCUGAGUUACAACUCAGGCAAAACUUUAGUGUAGUUAAAACUGCUACACCUUAUAAAGUUAUUAUAUCGGAUACAAAUGACGUAACAACAUCUGGUAUGUAAUGGAGGAAGCGUUUCACUGCCCGCCGUGGAAGUGGUUUGUGUUUGUGCCCAAACUCGGUGGCUAAUGUAGCCAUCUGGAGCAGCUAAGUUAGCUAACUUUCUGUCAGCUGACCAGAGUGGAUUUAUCUCGACAGCCUCAGUAAGCCAACAGUAGUGUAAUAUGCGCAGACACAGCUCCGUGCUUCGUUUUACCAAGGUUGCGGGUGUAUCUGGGUUGUCUGCUCGCUGUGGUUGCUAGUGUUUGUGCGGCGCUGAUAAUAGAGCCCCGGUGGCAAUGCUCCUGCAGCUGCUCCCACCUGUCAACUAGCUGGCUCCUCUCCUCCUGCCUCCCGUCAGCCCAAUGGCUCACUGCGGCUCCUCCGAACCCAGCGCGAAGGUACAGGCGCCUCGUCCGGACAGCAUCAUGUCGCCGCAGGGUAGCGUAGACCAGAGCAUGAAGCCGGUACUGUUCGAGAUCUUCGGCGAGUUAUGGACCGUCCAGUCGCGGCUCGGCCAGGGAGUCUCGGCCUCGGUGUACCGGGUCAGCUCAGGCAGAGCCAGCACCGCCGCUGUCAAGGAGUUUCAGGCCGACACUCAGGGAGGAGACUACGGGUAUCACAAGGAGAGGUCCGUGCUGGAAGACAUCCAGGGCCAUAAAAACAUCGUGACACUGUAUGGGGUGUUCACCAACCACAGCUGUGUGGGUGUUGCCACCCGCUGUCUUCUGCUGGAGCUCCUGGAUGUCAGUGUGUCCGAGCUGUUGGUGAGAGGCACCAGUGGCACCCAGGGUGGUAGACCCCAGCAGGGCCACUCCAUGUGGCUUGUCCAGCACUGUGCCAGAGACAUCCUGGAGGCUCUUGCCUUCCUUCACAGGGAGGGCUACGUCCACGCCGACCUCAAGCCACGCAAUAUCCUCUGGAGCGCUGACGACGAGUGCUUCAAGCUCAUCGACUUCGGCCUCAGCUUCAAAGAGGGAAACCAGGAUGUCAAGUACAUCCAGACCGACGGGUAUCGCGCUCCCGAGGCUGAGCUUCAGAAUAGCCUCGCUCAGGCCGGGGUGGAGAUGGACGGGGACUCGGGCUGCACGGCUGCCGUUGACAUGUGGAGCCUGGGCAUCAUCCUUCUGGAGAUGUUCUCAGGAAUCAAACUCAAAGACACCGUCCGCUCGCAGGAGUGGAAGGAUAACAGUGCUGCCAUUGUAGACCACAUUUUUGCCAGCAACAGUCUGGUGUGCCCUGCCAUCCCUGUCUAUCACCUCAGAGACCUUAUCAAAAGCAUGCUUCUCAACGACGCAAAGCAAAGAUGCACAGCUGAAACUGCCCUGCUGAGUCCAUUCUUCAGUAUUCCCUUCGCUCCUCACAUUGAGGACCUGGUUCUGCUGCCCUCUCCUGUCCUGCGUCUGCUCAACCUGAUUGAUGACAGCCAUCUGCACAAUGAAGAAGAGUAUGAAGACAUCCUGGAGGACAUGAAAGAGGAGUGCCAGAAGUACGGCUCAGUGGUUUCUCUGCUCAUCCCCAAGGAGAACCCAGGGAAAGGACAGGUGUUUGUAGAGUAUGCCAACUCCAGCGACUCCAAAGAGGCUCAGAGGCUGCUGACGGGCCGCACCUUUGAUGGGAAGUUUGUUGUGGCCACCUUCUAUCCUCUCAGCGCCUAUAAAAGAGGUUACUUGUACCAGACGGUGCAGUGAAGUCCUAAAGCUCAAUUUACAUCUCUGCACUGUUUGCAUGAAUAAAACACAACUGCAUAGGGCACCACAAGGGGAGAGAGUGUUUUCUCCCUAUAAAUAUAACCACAGCCAACACAGAGUCAAGAGUGGUUGCCCUGCAGCUCAAAUGAUUCAGUUAUUAAUGUUCUGCAUGUGAUCAUGUGGUUUCCUACAGUAAAUUCUGUGUUUCAUGCAGAGUGUAAAUUGAACCCAACACUAAACUUCUGCUUCCUCCAGCCUGUGUACACUACUCUUACCAGUGCACAUCCAUGUAGUGCUUCAAGGUGACCUGCAUCCAUUCAUUUAAUGACUCAGGCUGAUAGUCUGUGGUCUGGGUACAGCAGCUCCUCUUCUGGUUUCCAAAUUUACUCUCAUUCAUUCAAUAGAAAUUAGCCACACUAAAAGAAUGUGUAAUCAAGACUAGAAAAUUCCUCUCUGAUGAGGGUUGCUCGAGCAAAAGCCCUCAUCAGAUGAUCUGAGAAUCUGUGCUCUAUGUUACUAAGUAGUUCUACAUAUCUAAGUUUUAUCUCUCUUGAUAAAUUAUCAGUGAAACACUUAAUCUCGACAGUUGAGUCUGGGAUGUGAUUAGAAACAUGUAGCAGGAGAACACUGAUAUUAUGUCUCAAACUUCAAAUCCUGAUGACAAACAAAAUCCCUCUCAACUGAAGAUUUCCUGUAGUGAAAUGAGUGUCUUAUCCUGUUGUUAAAUAAGGAAUGAUAGUAAUUAUGUUUGUUAUGCUGAACAUUUAAUGAGAGGAAACAGCGUGGUACUAGGAUAUACAGGUAUACUCUGCUUGGUUUCAGGGAGGAUUGGUUUGGAGUGAGCCAUCUACCAGCUCACUCUCUAUUAUCUGAGCAAGCCAAGGGCUCCCAGCGCCCUGUCCUGUAGCCUUAUGCUUUGUAGCUUUUUUAAUUUACACAAGUCUACGUACUCAGAGAAUAUAUUUUAUCAUUAGUUGACUAUGCUCCUGUAUAUGAGGACAUACAGUAAGUUUUGUGUUUUGACUGAAAGGGCACAUGAACAAAUCUUUUGGAGCACAUGCUGAAAAACCGACUGACGUAUGAGUGAAAUGCUGGUGAGGAGUGGUUUAAAGCCACUGUGUAGCUUCUUUCCAAUUUUUCUAAUGGCGUAGGUUGUUUGUAGACAAUCCUGGUGGAAACUGGUGCGGUGUAUGUUUUGCUUUCACUAAAGUUGGACAUUUUCCAACACAUAGUGGCUUUAAAGAAUGUGCAGUACUGAUGGCUACUGUACUAACUAGACAGAUGAAGUGUAAUGCUAUACAACCUUCUAGUGCUUUAACUGAUACUUUCAGUACUACUGAGCAUGAGCCAGUGGAUUCAUUGGUAGACGGCAACAUCACAGAGGCAUCAGACAUUGUUUCUGUCAGUUUCAAGAAAUGUUGCGAGUUGUAUGACAAUGUAGUGAGUUUUAUAGAUCAAUAAUGUGGACAGAAGUGUCAAAAAAAGUGCAGUUUUUAUAAGAAGACUUCUUGAAACCAACAAAAUGAUGUCCAGGAAGAAGCGUGAUAAUGUUGGGUUGCAGCAACAAGGGGUCAACAAGCGUGGUAUUGCUGCAGUGGAAUGUACCUUUUGUUGGAGAACCAGAUUCUUUUGUUCUCUGGGUUUUUAUUCUCUUGCUUCCACUUGAUAACAGUGGAUAUGUAGUACCCAUCAAGCCCACUCUGUCACACUGAAACAUUAGGCGAUUUCUACCCAAGUGCCCUAUGACAUUCAAGCUAGCUAACUAACCAAAAUGCUGCUAUAACAACAGGUUGUGCUACACCUGCAUGCGCCCAUUACUUACGUAGCCCAAGCCGUCGCAGAUGCCUUAGAGAAUAAUUCCCUUCUAGCAGAUGUAGUUCCACCCAGUAACAGAGCCAGACUGUUAGAGACAAUAAAAUGGAGUAGUGAUCUGUUUUAGUUUCUUCAUAAAGUGGCAAAACACCGCGGUGUGACAGUGCUGGCAUCAGCUACAGUAAAUGCUAAACUCACAGUAUUUGCUAAACUCACAGUAUUUGCUAAAUGCCGAAGCUCUUUCUUCUCUAAUAGUUCCAUAGUCUUGUUUUAAAGUCUGGUGUGUGACGAGCCGCAGCUUGUUCACUCAUGUUCUAGAGCACAAACAUAGAGUCUAGCUCCAUCUUGGAUAAUGUGAUUAAAGUAUGUGAAAGAAACUAGAUAUUCAUAUAGAAUAAGAGAAUAUUUGAAGCUUACAGAUGCAUAAAUCUUCCUCUCUCUGAGACCUAUUUUUAUUGAAUGUGUUACUCCUUCCUCUAUAAGAGAACACGUUGAAAUUCUGCAACUAAAAAUGUAAAAACCUAGAGUCGGAGGACAAGUUGCAAUUUUGUCUUAUCAAAAAUACUACUAAAAAAGUCAUAUUUUUCUACAAACCUUAUGUGUGCCUGAAAUGUGAAUUCCAAAGUUUCCACUUGAAGGCAUCACUGGCCUAAAAGAAUCUCAAUUUGAAACUUGAAUUGGACUCCAACCACUUGACUACACAGCACUUUUUGAAUUAGCAAUCUGUGGUACGCAAGUGUGAUGGUCAGUGUUGUUAGUUACAUGUAACAUUUUCCUCAUUUAUCCUGUGGUUUCUCAAAGACCUGGUGCAAAAAAAAUGUCUUUGAUAAAGUCGAGAUAUUAUUUUAAGGCAUUUGAAGUUUGAUUUUCACUCCAUGGUUUGUUUUCGAUAAUGCGUGACAAGUGAGUGUGAGUGUAAGCAGUGCUCUUUACUUGGUAUUGAAAUACUGUGCGAGCGUAGAAUUGAAAAAUUUGAGCUUCUGUAUUAGUGAGUGUGCGUAUAAUCAUAAGCAACAAAGGUCCCCAGCGGAAACUCAACCGGGGGCCGUUGUAGUUAAGUAUGUGUCUUAACCACUUGGUCACCAGGUCAUAUUUGCUGAAACUUUAACUAUAUGCUGACAGUAGUACAUGAGACAGAUAAUCUGUAUAGUUUCAGCAAAUAUGACCGAAUGACACUUUUGUAAUAUUUAAUAUUGAGGGUUUUUAUCCUCACACAUACAUUCAUCACAUGGUCUUCCACACCUAAACUGAAACUUCAUUUCCAAAUCUCUGUCCUGCCUUGUCCCUUAAGUUUUAAAUUUGCAGGAGCUGUGAUAGCAGCAGGUGAUAAAACAGAGAAGCACAAAGGCAAAGUUAAGAGUAGAUACCAGGCCAAACCAAAUAUGACCUUUAUGUCACCCUACCGACUGACCAUCCACUGAAUCGUCUAUUAAAGCCACACUGCCAUUGUUAAAUGCACUGCUACAUGAUCAGUUUAUAAAUGCUACAUUUAUUGGUUCUUCCGUCAUCUUGUAUCACGUACUGGAGGCCGGUACUGAUUCUGAAGUGUUGGGUGUGCAUUAAUGUUAGCAUUAGGUUAUUGGUUGAAGUUAUGGUUUCUAGUGUUUGUAGUUUACAUAGAAAAGGGCAAAGCAGGUUUCUAUUGAUGGCUGCACCUUAGAAGUAUAAUGUAACUGUCCUGCCUUUAUGGAUGAAUAAGAAUAACUAAUUGAUCCAGCGUUUGAUUUAGAGCCCCACUGAUAUGGGACUUUUCAGACCAAUACCAACUUUAUAGGCCAAACAUUCAGCGAUUACCAAUAUGCUUUAGUACAUUUCUGAGCUGGAAUGAAAAAUAGUGCAAAUAAAUUAUGCACCAAUUUGUUUAUAAAAUUAUUCUAUGGGGCUUUUGUAUUGUUUUUUGUUUUGUUUUUUGCCUUUAUUGGGUAGAGACAGCGAAGAGGCAGACAGGAAACAGGGGAGAGAGAGAGCGAGAGAGGUAUAACAUGCAACAGGCAUGCGCUGUAACCAUUCAGCUACCAAGGGGCUCCGAUUGUGGACCAUAGGACUCUGCCAAAGUACGCAGGAGGCUGCUUUCUUAAACAAACGUAUUUAAGUUAGAUAUUCUGAAACGUUAACAUCUACAUUGUCAACCGAUUCUAGUCAACACUGCUUAGAGCUGUUUUUCUCUCUCACUCUGCAGUGACACCAAUUUAUUACCACAGGAACCUUUUUAUGCAUUAUAUACUAGGGUGAAAAAGCGUACUUUGAUGUCAAAAACCAUUGGCCACAAAGCACACGGGCCGUAAACAUACCGAUAUUUCUGCUACAGGCUAAUAUCGGUCGGGCUCUAGUUUGACGAUAUCUGUAGUACAGAUUACAUAAACAUUAAUAGUCUAAGAAAUAACCUGCAUCCACAGAGCUCUGAGCGUCUAUAGUGGAAAUCUAAAUAUUUAGCAGUGUUUAAAUAUUAGACUCAAAUAUUUAUUGAGGCUACUGUUGACCUGAAUUAUAUAAUAUCAGGUGGUUUGCUGCAUGCUGAUCCUGUUUUUGAGUAGGAGCUCAUUUUAGUUGUAAUCCAUCUUGAGCUCUAGGAUAAGCAUAAUUUUUUUGUUUGUUUACACAGUGAUUUCACUUUUAUAUUAUUAUCUUUUGCUUAGAUAGUUUUUCUCUCUCUGUGCAGAGGGCAUGAUGUUUUUGUUCCAAUUUAAAGCCGCAAUAGGUAACUUUUUAUAAUAAAAAAUAAAAGUAGAAAGGAAAGAUUGCGUUAGUCUCUUGAAGAUGGUUGAUUGUUGAGUCUUAUUCCAGGCGUCUAUAUUUGACAACCUGGGAAUGAGCCUCAACAAUCAACUAUCUUUCUUGGCUCUGAUUGGUUGUUGGAUUCUUACCAUUAGGAGCACUUGGAGGAGCCAGAGGAACCGGAUUUUUUCACAGAUUAUCUGUCUCAUGUACUACUGACAAACGUUACUUUUAUAAAAGUUACCUACUGCAGCUUUAAGUGUGUGCUAUGCAGGUUAAAAAGACUCCUGCCACCUGUGUGAAGCAGUGUACGCACAAAAGUAAAAUCCUGGUACACUGUCUUCAUUUCACACUGUUAAUAUAACACCCUACUAAUGUGAUGUGUGCUAAUGUGUGUACGUACUUAAUGCUCACUGCCAGAGUUAAUCAUUAAGGGACGUAAUCCAGUUUGACGUGAAUUGAGCACUUCAGUCAAGCAGCAUCAUGGGACAUAAGAUUCCAGUGUCUCAUUAUGAUCUGACAUGGACAUCAUUUUCUACCAAUCAGCGACAAUAUGCAAACUGAGGCCAACAUCUCUUUUUAUUAUCAGUUUAAUCAGUUCAUUACUUUAUUUUUUAGAUUAUUGUGUUUGUUGUGGACUGUAGUACUGUUGCUGAGCACAGUGCUGGUCAGCAGGGACAGAGAGGGGACAGGGUGGAGAGCAGAAUCAGAUGCCUCUAAGAGCUCUGUCUGUUGGGGGAUACUGAGCCCAAAGUGAUUUUCUUCCGGUUAUUACUUCAUAUUGCGGAGCUGAGAAUGAGUUGAAGCUGUCUUGCCACAACCUCCACUAGCUUCCAGUUAAACAGAGGACAGACAGAGGCCUCUGUCCUGUAGGGAUUCAGUGGGGAUGCAUGAAGUUCCUUGCUCCUUUUGCCUUCAUGCUUGGCUCCAAUUUCUUCCCGCCUGGCCUCAGUGUCCUCCAUUCCUGUCUUUAUGUCUGUCUUCAAACAAGCAUCUUUAGUACUUACUCUUCCGGCUUUUAAAGCUGUAUUAGGUCAGAUUUGAAUCCGUCUUCCCAUCUGUUUGAAUUAUUCUGUUAUUGUGUGUGGACAUUAAAGGGAACCUGUGCUCGCAGAAAAUAACAGCAACAUCCAAACAGUCUUCUGCACAUGCAGCAAAAUGUAGUUGAGUUUGGGUUUUCUUGACUCUGCAUUACAUGAUUUAUGGGUGUUUAAGUCUCAGCAACACUUACUUCUCACUGCCAUCUGGUUCUGCCAAUGAGCUAAAGCAGCAUAAGUUGGUUUAUGUCCCAUUUUCUGUCAUCUAAGAUGUCAUUUUUCCUUCUUCUUCCUGUCUUUGCUGCUCAGAGUGGUUCCUUUGUGCACUGACAGAGAUUCAGGGCUGUGCUUUACUUUCAUGGCACCUGACCUCUAGGCCUGACUUUGAUAAGCUCUCAGCACAUUUGCAUUAGUGUGUGUCUAGAUCAUCUGGACAAGGUGUGUGUGCGCUCAUGUAGAGGAUGAAGUAGCGGUAACAAAUUAUUACCAUAUUUGGAGGCAGGGUUUAUAAGUUGCAAGAGCUGUCUACCUGUGUGCAUGGUAUGCCUGUGUGAGACAGUUAUAUGUAACAUUGUGUGUCAGAGAUUUUGUGGGUGUUUGUGUGUGGUGUUAUUGCUAAAGCACUAUAUGCCUGUUUGCUUGCAAAGGGCAAUUUUAAGGACAGUGUGAGUGCUGCCAGCCUUUUUUACUGUGAUGUCUAUAGUAUCCAUUCCUAUUAACAAAGCACACAUUAUUUAAGGCUAGUGUUGAAAUUCUGUACAGCACAGAAGUUAAAAGGUGAAGUGCAGUGUUGUCCAGAAAAGAUCAAAUAUAGAGAAAAUGAAUCACGUGCUUCAUUCUGCUCAACAGAGCCUGACAAACCUCUGAAUGAAAAACCUCACAGACUGAGGAUGGAAUUAGUCAAGUGAAGGUAACUAAGAACAAUCACACUACAGCAAUCUCUAUGUUUACAUGCGCAAAAUAGUCCGUUUUUUGCCUUUAUACUGAAAGACAAUAUUCCUACUAAUCUGUUUACUUGACUAAUGAAAAUGAGACAUUCUGAUGUAUGCUGUGCGUACUCAAGUUAACGUAACUGUUAAUGACGUACUCUACGACCUACAGAGGAAUUUCCCGUCUUUUCCUUCCUUUUCUAUACUUGUACUUUGCUGCCAACAGAUUUUUGUUUUGAAAUAAGAAAACCAAGAUCAGAAAAUGAGCCAUUUGCUAACAUAAAUCUAUAAAAACAGAAAACUAAAAAUCUACUCAAAAU